GUAGCCGUAUCUUUCUGCCGCACAACUAGCACAACUCCGAACUGACGGGACGGCGGGAUAAAUUUCGCGAUCACCGAGUCGCCUACUACCGAAGCUGACCGAAGGCGUUGACAUUUCAUGUGUACCACGUCGGCGCAUUCUUGCGAAGCGUCGUAUUCCUCCGAGGCGGCGGAAAUUGUCGUUAGGUGAGUGAGCUAUGAGCGGUGAGGCAGCACUUGUGACAACACCAUCACCACCACCAACAACAACAACGAGCAGCGCACCAACAAAACCACCUGACAAUGGCACCACCAGCACCACCAACACCAACGCUGUCACUCGAAAGAAACAGCGGACUCAAAACUUUUGCUACGCCCCGCGCUGCCGUACGGGCCAGAAAGGCGCACCGCGCUUCUCCAUGUUCACCGCGCCGAAGGACCCGAAGGUGAGGAAAGUCUGGCAGUACAACCUUCGCAGGCUGGACAAACCCCUAACCGAGUUCUCGUGCGUGUGCGAGCGUCACUUCGACCCUCGUUUCAUCGUUCGCGACUACGUUCACAUCAUCAACGGUGCCGAAGUGCGGAUACCUCGGGGCAAGCCCAAACUCGCCGAAGGCGCCGUGCCCACGCUGCUCCCGGACUUGCCUGGAUACCUGUCCAAGAAGUUACCCAAACAGAGGCCCACAAAGGGCAGGCAACAGUCGGAACCCGCGACACAGACCAUCCUACCGCCGCCUACACCUUCAAAGAAACGAAAGCAGUCGCUCCAAGGCUCCGGAGACGACAAGUCUUGUCCUGACGGGCAAGCGGAGGACUCCGGGGACGUCGUCGGUCGGUGCUCCGGAAACGCCGACACCCGCACCGCUAACCAAACGGUUAAUCCCGCCAUCCGGGAACAGCCGCUCACGAUAGAACGGCUCAGGAAGUGCGACAUGGAGCUUCCCUCCGUGUGCUGGUGUCUUCUGGGGACGAGGGACCCGUACAGGGUGGUGUUCGCGACAACGGAGGUGAAGAAGACAGCCCCGGAAGAUUCGCUCGAGGUGAUGCACCCGAAACUGGUCAGCUUCUCCAAGAGCAACGACGGGCCCGAGAUCAUGGCCGAGGCCUACUUCCAGGGUGCCCUCUGCUGCAAGGCGCUUGUCACAUCGCUGGACGAAGCGAAGGCGAUUCUGCGGGACGCGAACGCAACGCACAUGUGCAAGGGGGCUAUGACUCCGAGCGAGUUUGCGGAGGUAUCCCGCGGCGUCACCACGCAACUCCUGCUGAAGAUCGGCAAGAACGACGAAGGGACCGUGUUUAGCCUGGAGUGCACGAGGAACGUUGACUCUGAAGGAUCAGUGUGCGCGCCCUGCAGGUUAUUGCGAAAGACUCUGCAAUCGAGAAAGUCCCGAGUGCUCAAAAAGCUCAUGAAAGACUGCCUCGACGAGGGAGAUCCGGCUAGCCCACAGCAGACGACGCAGAAGCAGACAGCGACACCAACGACGACACAUCCGACUGUCAUCAUUUGCUCCGCUGCACAAGUGCUGACGAACGGCUCGUAACGAGCAUUUUCAAAUUCUCACCUGGCACAGAGUUUAACGCAAAUGAUCGCCGGAGGGUUCCCUAGCGUCCACUGAUGUUACUUUAAUAAAUACGCUUAGCGCAUGUGUGGCUCGCGAUAAUUUUUGUUCUUGGUUGUCGUUAUGUCGUCUUUCGCUACACAAGUAGCCUGGCAACCGAGCCAAACGCCAGCCAACAAUUUUCACUGUUCACUCAUCGCGACCCAACAUUGACCUCACAUUGGCCGUUUCCUGUGUUCUUGAGGAGGCAUCCUUAACACAUUUAACGUGGCUAGUGAGCCAUAUACUGGCCAACACUGUCCGAUGUCGAGCCAUCUUGACUCGCUAUUAGACCUGUGUCGGCCAUUUUCUCAUAUUACGAGGCAACGACUUCGAAGCUCGCUUUUAAUCGCUCACUUUGGCAGCAAUUAGUUUAACCCUAACCCUCAAAACCGUUUUACCGUAUUCCAGGUUUCCUCCGAAACUGGUUAUUCUAGGCAGCUGAAAGCAUCACAAUCAUGGCGACCGUUGGAGUGCCAUAAAUAGGUUUGGUCGGUUUCACUGGUUCACUGGUUAGACGAGCAAAAUGCAUGCAAUGCUGAUCAAGUGAGCUGCGCUAUCUACUGCAGUUCGGCAAGAUCACCAGUCCGGCCCAUUGCACGUAUCUAGCCUUAUUUACGCCAAUGCGCUUGAUUGCUUUUACAGAAGCAUUGCGGCAAAUGGAAUCAAGAUUAGUCCAUCUCAAGCAAAUAAUGUAACGACUUGGAAGCAGCCAAAUGGAAAACCAAAAAGUUGAUAGCAGAAGCCAGAAACGCACCUUUCAUCGAAUCCCAUGGUCAAGUCAAGUAAAACUUGCAUGCAGCUACUUGUAAAUAAGUGGUUCAUCUGCUGUGCGACUAGGGUACCCUCCGGUAACAUUUGCAUGAAUACUUGCAAAUAUUGUUAAGCACCAUGUGGCUCCCAUCUUCAUUUACCUUAAAAAAAAAGGCUACCAUCAUCAUGCUUCUUUGUUUGAAUAAACACAGUCAUCAAAGA